GUUGCUUGGCUGUUCAGGGUUGUCUUUCCCCACCUGACCGUACUUGGCUCCGGUUCAAAAACUGCAAUAUGUGUGUGUCCUUGUAAGGGCCCCGACUAGAGAAGAAUCAACAAGCUUAACAGAGAGCAGCGUCGGACAUGAGGCAUUUACUGAGUCUUCCACGUCUAGCCUCCCGGGCGUUUAGCACAACAGUCCGGCAAAUGAAAAACAAGGUGCCGGAUAAACAGAAGGUUUUCCUGGAGGAUAAUGGUCUGCCUGUACACAUUAAAGGAGGCACUACCGACGUCCUUCUCUACCGUUUGACCAUGACCAUCACAUUAGCAGGCACUGGCUUUUCCCUUUACUGGUUGCUGUUGGCCAGUAUGCCAAAGAGUAAAGCAUAACUUUCAACUUUGAAGCUGAAUGAUGCUGUACAAAUCCAUUUCAUUUCAAAUACCUUGAACAAUAAAACACAUAUAUGAAAGAUGAAUGUA